CACUCAAAGAUAAGGUUAAGUUUUUAUGUAUACUAAACUGACUAUAUCAGGAUACAUGAAUCGACAGUGUCGACAUAUAUUGUGGUUGUCUUAGUUACAAAAAAAGUGUGUGUAAAGAGAGAUGCAAGGCCCUGGUGACACUACAGGGGGAAAACCAUGCGGUCAAGCAGGGUCGAAAAGCAGAGGGAGAAAAGUCCAAGAAUUUCUCAGGAGUGUGGUCUCUGUGUCUCGCUGUCCUGCUGGCUGGUAGUGGUUGGUGGUGGGGUGGGCUAGGGAGGUGUUGGACACAAAGCAACCUUUCAUUCUAGCUGGACUCCGAUUGGAGAGCUUGGAGAGUUUUUUAAAAUUUCUUUCUGGCCACACAGCACAGUGGGCUAUACUUCUUCUGGCCCAUAGCCAAUGGGAAUGGGCCUUAGAUAAACUGUCUGUUUGGGCUGUCAGAAAGCACUCCGCUGGUUGACAUCACAGUAAUUAUUUGACACCUCCAAUAUGCAGUCUCUGACUGGACCUCCUCUAUUGGUUUGUUAGGUAUACCAUGGGCUGUGGGUGGAGAGGAGAGGUAGGUGGUUUCUUAAAGAUGAAUGAAAGGGGGUCUUUGUCCUGACAUUUUUUAACUUUUAUUUUUUUUACCCACUCCCCUGCUUCCUCUCACCACUCCUCUAUCCUCUCACCUUUUGGGGGUUUUCUGGGGUGUGUGGCCAAAAAUCAUGUCCUGGGGAUGAGAGUCUAUAAAAGCCAUUCAGGAGUUGAGAUUCCUCACACUCACUUUGAAAAGGUUUCUGUCCAAAAGGAGGCUGACCAGGAGAGUCCAUGGCAGAGCUGACCAUGAACAGAUUAGCGCUCCUAUUUUUCUGCUUAUAUGCAACAGCCUCACUAAUUGAUGGGAAGCCCAGCCAUAGAACAGAGAAGCCCAGGAGCUCCAAACCCGUGGUAGCAGCUGACUUACCUGAUCCGGAUAACACUGAUGAUACUCUCCGCCCUGGUGUCAGCGGGCAGUGCUCAGUGAAUGGGAUGUUCCUGUUUGACAGGGCCAUGUGGUCACCUCAGCCCUGCUCCGUGUGCCAGUGUCAGAGGGGAACUGUCAGCUGUCACCCUGUCCCCUGCGGCGGUUCAAAUAACCAGCAGACAGUGGCUCCCAAAGUCAAGAAAUCCUCCUCUAAUGCAGAGAAGAAAGAGGGGAUUCCAAAGCAGAAGAAGAGUCUCCAAAGGACAUCAGAAGAAGGAGGAGCAGGACGUCAGAAGAAGGAGGAGCGGCAUGUUACUCCAGUGAAAGUGGUUGCUGUUGUGAAAUCCAUGGCCACCCAGAACAAAAAACAAGAAGUAGCAGUGAAGAAACAGGAAGUGGCUGUGAAGAAACAAAAAGUGUCUGUGAAGAAACAGGAAAUGGUUGUGAAAACAAAAGUCAGGAAGACCGAGGUCCCUGUGGCCAAGAGGCGUGACCCGAAGAUAAACAAAGACAGCCUUCCAUACCUUCCCUACGAUGAUGACGAUCACGAUGACCAUGACCACAGCGAGCAUGACGACAAUGACGACGAUGAUGAUUAUAUCAUCAGGGCCACCGGAAAACCCACCAUGAGGUUGGCACCAAUGGGGAGACCAGUCACCAUGGCGACUGGCCGACUGGCUACUACCACCACUAGGAGACCCAUGGUGAGGGGGCCGGGACGUGCUGUGGUCACAUUCCCCAGGAGACACAGCAUCAUGGAGUCUCUCCCUGCUGGCUGCCUGCUCUCGGAGUCUCUGAUCGCCUGUGGCAGCACUGGCAUGGUCCACAUCCCCAUCCUCUCAGACCAGGGGGUCAAGACCCUCUAUCUGGCAGACAAUAAGAUCAAUAAGAUCCCUCCCCGGGCGCUGGCUGGGCUGCCCAACCUGGAGUGGCUGGACCUGAGCAAGAACAAGCUGGACGACUCCUCAAUCAGCCCUGACCUGUUCCAGAACCUGACCCAGCUGAGGAGGUUGAAUUUAGAUGGCAACAAUCUGACCAAAGUCCCCUCGAUUCUACCGCCGUCCCUGGUGGAGCUUAAGAUAAAUGACAACAAGAUCCUGGGCCUCACACCUAGCAGCUUUAAAGGUUUGUCCAAAUUGCUGACACUGGAGCUUGAGGACAACCACUUCCACGAUGGGAAUGUGUCACCUUUGACCUUCCGGCCCCUCAAGAAACUCAUCUAUUUGCGACUGGAGGACAACAAGUUCCGGGCCAUCCCCUCUGGGCUUCCUGUGACCCUGCAGGCACUUCACCUGUCGGAUAACAGAAUAGAAGAGGUGCAUGAGGGGAUCCUCAACAAGACCGUCAACCUCAGGUUUCUGGAUCUCAGUCAUAAUAGGAUCCGGGAGGACCGCAUAGCCCCAAGGGCCUGGAUACACUUGUUAAAGUUGGAGUCGUUGGACCUGUCGCACAAUAAGCUGGUGCAUGUUCCCUCCUUCCUCCCUGUGGGUCUACAGCAGCUCCACCUGCACCACAACCAGAUUGAGCGGAUCCCUGGCUACGUGUUUGGCCACAUUAAACCGGGACUGGACCUUCUUCACCUGUCCCACAACAGGCUGGCCAACGACGGCAUUGAUGAUGUGUCCUUCCUGGGCCUGUACAACUCCCUGACUGAACUCCUACUGGACCACAACCAGCUUCGCUCCAUCCCCAGGGGGCUACUGAAGCUCAAGAGCCUGCAGCUCCUCCGCCUCAACCACAACGUUAUCAGAUACGUUCCUCUGAACUCUCUGUGUGACAUGCGCCAGAGUGACGACUCGCCCCUAGUCUCCGUUCACCUGGAGUACAACCUGAUUGACAGGCGUCUCAUCCCGCCCACCGCCCUAUCCUGCAUCAAGACCUACCACAGCAUCAUACUACGGCCCCAGAGUAACGAGGAAGAUUACCACCAUGAAGAUUACUAGUACCCCCCCCCCCGUCAGUUUGUCCUGGGUUACACCUUGUCUGCGUUUCUCAUUACAUAAUUUCCUCUGAGUCCGUCUCUUAUUGUGAUUAGCUUAGUCAGACUUAUGACACCCAAGCGUUAUGCAACAGAUGAAAUUAGACUUCUAUCCUAAGUCUGACCAUAAUUCUAGGGCAAUGUUUAUGCAACCAGCCCUUUGUCAGUGGGCUUCAUUAUCACAAUGAAUGAGAACGAUUGUGUGUGUUUUUCCUGUUUUAAAGCCUCACUCUGUAAAGCAGUUCUAGGUUUUACUUGUGACUUUGACCUUGCUUGAUACAGUAGCAUGUAUUGAAAGAAAAAUAAUGUGGUUACCAAGGGAAACCCAGGUAGCUACUUGACAGUAGUGAGAGCCAAAGAUGUCCAGGUGCCCUCUAUACUAAACUCACUGUUUUGUUGUUUGUACAACUGUUUCAACUUUGUGACAAACUUGUGUAAUGAAAAAUUGUGAAAAUAAAAAAAUCUUAGAUAA